UUGCCAUCUCUUCAUCCUCCAGAUACUUCUCAGCAUCCAAAAGCUUCUUCUUCAGGCUCCCUUGUCCGUGAUAGUCAUGUUAUUCGAUCUCGCAUCUUCAGACGAAGCGAAGCCUUUUUUCCUGUGGUAUCCCAUCUCCAUCAACCUCUUGUUUCUGCCAGUCCUGGGCAAUCUCCCAGAACCCGCGAGCCCUCUGCAACACCCCCGCAUACCUAUCUUUCGGCCGAAAAGUCGACAACCAACCAGACGGCCCCUGAGGACGAAAAUUAUCUGACAAUCUUUCCCAUUUCCGGACAGGCUGGAGUCAAUGGAUCGAAUGUCCUGGCAGCUAACCAAUUGACCGUUAGCACUGCCAUUGAUUCCACCUCCACCUCGGCGCUUAUUUCUUGUACUUCCGGCCCCAGUACAAAUGUCACUCAUUCCUUAUCUCUUCGUCGCCUUGGCAAUCAGGGGUUAACUUCGGUUUCUGGUAUUUCGCGGCCUACUGCUGAGAUUACGGACAAUGUUGCUUGCAGCCUGAAACCUCUUGAGUGCGGACGACAGCACCUGGGAGAUAAGUCCAAAUCAGAUAACCUAGAAGAAUUGGUGUAA